CAAAUCAAUUUUCGGCAGCGAGCGUAUCUUGUUCGCUGUCUCGGGUGUUUUCUGUCAGGGAGGCUUGAAGGAGAUCAUUUUCUGGUUAGCUGUGGGUUAAUAGUAUGCGAAAGAUGCUAACCAUCAUAUCAAACGUACUGAGGGGCAGCGCCAGCAAGAACGGUGCAAAGGUGGUGGUAUCAGCCAGGACAUAUGCAGACUUUACCCCUCAGGCCACCUUUGACAUUAAGAAAUGUGACUUGCACAAGCUGGAGGAUGGCCCACCCUUACAGUCUGUGCUUACAAGAGAAGAGGGGCUUCAGUACUACCGCACCAUGCAGACCAUGAGACGCAUGGAGCUCAAAGCUGAUCAGCUCUACAAGCAGAAGAUCAUUAGAGGAUUCUGCCAUCUUUAUGAUGGACAAGAAGCAUGUGCAGUGGGUAUUGAGGCAGGUAUUAAUCUAUCAGAUCAUCUUAUCACAGCCUACCGUGCCCAUGGGUACACACUCACUAGGGGGGGCACUGUUCGGGAGAUCAUGGCUGAACUUACCGGUCGUAGAGGAGGUAUAGCAAAAGGAAAGGGAGGGUCUAUGCACAUGUAUACUAAACACUUUUAUGGAGGAAAUGGAAUUGUGGGAGCUCAGGUGCCUCUUGGAGCAGGUGUAGCUUUGGCCUGCAAAUACCUGGGCACAAAUGAGCUGUGUGUCUGCCUCUAUGGUGAUGGUGCUGCAAAUCAGGGUCAGAUCUUUGAGACGUACAACAUGGCGUCACUGUGGAAGCUGCCCUGCAUCUUCAUUUGCGAAAAUAACAAGUAUGGCAUGGGUACAUCCGUGGAAAGAGCAGCUGCAAGCACUGACUACUAUAAGAGAGGCGAUUUCAUCCCUGGAUUGAGGGUCGAUGGCAUGGAUGUCCUUUGUGUGAGGGAAGCCACAAAAUUUGCUGCUGAUCACUGCAGAUCAGGAAAGGGUCCCAUUCUAAUGGAGCUGCAGACGUAUCGUUACCAUGGACACAGUAUGAGUGACCCAGGAAUCAGUUACCGCACACGCGAGGAGAUCCAGGAAGUACGCAGUAAGAGCGACCCCAUCUCAAUGCUGAAGGAUCGAAUGUUAAACAACAACAUGGCCAGCAUAGAGGAGCUUAAGGAGAUUGAUGUUGAGGUUAGGAAGGAGAUUGAGGAUGCUGCUCAAUUUGCCACAACAGACCCUGAACCUCCUCUGGAGGAUCUGUGCAACCACAUCUUCCACAAUGACCCUCCCCAGGAAGUGCGUGGCACCCACCCCUGGUCCAAGCUGAAGUCUGUCAGCUAAAUCACCUUCCUUCAUCCAAAUCACCCUCCAACCGGUUAUUCCUCUCCUGUUUAAGCGCACAUCAUAGCAAAAUAUUAUCCCCUCAAAGUGGCUGUUGGUUCCAUAGACACUGUUUGUUGGAAACCCAGCCAGGUCUCGGUCAGCCACAUUGCAACAAGUUGCCUCGUUUCACAUUGCCAUUGCCUUGUUUUCUUGUUCUCUUCAUCAGACGUGUUUGGAGUUGGUUUCAUUUCAAUACUUCCUCCCUUUUACGCGAUACACAUUUUAAACGUUUCAGUACUGAACGGUGCAAUAAAAUGGUAAUUGUCAAAAAAUUAGAAUUGAUUUUAUUCACACUGAAAAUUUGGAUGUAAUGGUUAAAUAAACAUGGUUGUAUUUGCCAUGUAUUUUUCAUCAGUAGUGAGUCCAAUGCCUCGGUUGCUUACAUUAUUACUGUUUGUCAAGUUAUGACACAUAUUUCGACACAUUUCGCUGUUCAGAUCAUCAGAAGUGUGCAAAUUGUGGCUAAGUUGUCAGUUAAAUGCAACCAGAUCAAGUCUUUCAUCAAAAACUCUAAGCUCUACUUCCUGUUAAUCUGAAAGGGGAAUUUUUAUUAACAUUGUAAAUCUAUGUGGUCAUGUAGAGCAUAUAACAUAAAAGCUUACUGUAUGUGUGGUAUUUAUGGGGUUUAAAAUGGGAUGUCUAAAAGUGUAAAAGACAUAAAAGCGUUACUGAAAAACACAUUUGAAAGUUCAAGAUGCAUAGGAUUUAAAACAAAACACCGUUUUUAAAUGAGAAAUAUAAAUGGUAAAUAAUACUCAUCAUCCCUACCCAUUCAUUUACCCAACUUUUAUUUAAAACAUUGAUUAGAUUGUCACAUAUUUAUUAAUCAAUGAUUUUGUUACAAACGAUGUUACUUGGGGCUAUAACUUCACCGUUGGCGAUGUGUACAAAGGGUUGGUUUAAUAUGAUAUUUAAAGUUUAUUAGUAUCUGGAAACUGAAGGGCCAUGAGGUCAUAGGUCAAGCCUUUGUCUUGUUGACCAGAAUGAGGAGUUAACAAGAUCAGGCAAUAUAUGUGGCCUUUAUACCAUACAAAAUAAAUAAAGGUUUAAAGUACAAUAUUUUGUUGUAAAUUGA